UGAUAUCCUCAGUACUUAUCGGGUUAUUGCAACCAAGCAGUCUUAAGUUGACAGUAUUCAACGGUAUAUAGAACGAAGUUAAAAAUCAGCAACAAAACAUGAAGUCAUCUAUGUUAUUCGUUUCGUUAUUGCUGAUCGCCACUUUGCUACUGGUCAGAGUGCCUGAAGCAGAAUCGACAAUAAUUCUAUUGCUUUGUGCUCUACGAUCACCAUUAUGUCCGUUCACUACAACUACAACCACAACGGCAGCUCCUAGUGGUUCCUAAGUGUGGACAAAAGGCACCGAUAUUAAACAGCACAGGAUUUUAAAGUACUCAGCUGUCAUUUAAUGGAAUUGGAUAUAUAAAUAAAAAAAAAAAACAAAUGUAAUGCAAAUUAAAAUAAAA